CGUCGCUAGUCACCCAGGAGCCGGCGCGCGCGCAUCCCGCUCAACGGAGCGCGAUCCAAAAAUACCAACACUACGCCCGGCCGCGGCGCAUAGCCCCAAUUCCACGCGUCACUACCAUUCGAAUUUCAAAACUGCGUUCGAAUUCGAACUUUAAACCGCGUUUCUUUUUACAAUAAAUUAUCAAUCCGAUCGAAAAAUAGUACGGUAGUGUUAAUUGUUUCCGUUUACCGAUAAAAUAGUGCUGCGCCAACUGAAUUCGGUACCGAGUAAAUUCGAUUUUUAAAAUUCAGGAUUCGUGAUUUACGAUCGAAAAUUUACUUCCGUUUAUCGAUAUAAUAAGACAGUGUUCGCUUUGCUCGAGUGGAUCCGGUUUGUUUCGAGAUUCAGGAUUCGAUAUUCAAUUUGUUCGAAAGUGUUGUACCGUUCGGAUAUCGAUAUUUUGAUAUAAGUGUUUCUGUGGAUGUUUUCGCAUGUGCAGUUCAGUUUUGAGUGUCCCACGUCACACGGAUGUGGGGAUGUCGCCUACUGCCCUGGGAGAGUUGCCGCAGUGGUGCGGCAAGACCGAGGGUUGUCCGCAGGCCUUGCUGGGCUGGCUCUAUCUGACGCAUGAUCAGAACGAUCAGUGGGUGCCCGGCUCAGUAUGGGGUCCGCUGCCAACAGCAGCGACUGCCACCAGCCAGCAGACCGACGACACCAGCUCCCUGGCAGACCAGCUCGCCGCGCUGUCGUUGCGCCGGCCGCAGCGACACCCGCCGCCGGCCUACAUGUGUCACUUGUGCUUCAAGAAAGGACACUAUAUUGGUGAUUGUCCACAGGCCCGACCAAAAGGCGAAGGUUUGACCCCGUACCAAGGCAAGAAGCGCUGCUUCGGAGAGUACAAGUGUCCGAAGUGCAAGCGCAAGUGGAUGAGCGGCAACUCGUGGGCCAACAACGGGCAGGAGUGCAUCAAGUGCAGGAUCAACGUCUUCCCGCAUAAGCAGAGGCCGCUGGAGAAGCCGGAUGGCCUGGACGUGAGCGACCAGUCCAAGAUUCAUCCCCAGCACCUCUGCCAGAAGUGUCGUUCACUUGGCUACUACUGUCGCCGUGAAUAUUGAACAUACCAGCAACUGCCUCAGCAAACACUAUGCUGUUGAUUGUUACUGAUUCCCAUUUUUUAUAACCUAUAAGUUUUUUUUAUUUUAGUUUUUCUGAUGUAGUGUUAAGUGUUUCUAAAUAGAGACACAAUUUUUUUUAUUUUUUACUGUCUAUGAUUUAUAUUUUUAAUUUGUUAUUAUUUUAUUUCGAUUAAUAUUGUAAUUCAUCAUGCCACAUUUAUUUUGAUAUUGUUGACAUGAUAAAGGUUCGGUUGACAGUAAUAAUGCCCUGCCUAUGGUAGAUUCUGCUUGACUAAAAGGGGAUUACAUCAUGGUUUGAAAAACUAUAAUUUUAGAUGGUGGGGAAAACAGAAGCACUAAGGGUAUUCUAGAUCUUUGUAUUGCGUAGAAUGAUAAUACUAUACCUCUUAGUAAUCGACCUAUCUGCUACCAUUAUCGAGUAUUGUACUGAUACCCCAUUACCAUUAAGUUUUUAAUUAAAUUCAAGCCAAACUUGAUGAAGAAUGUUUAUCAACGAACAAAUUAAAAAUGAGAGUAUAAUUUAAAUUGUUCUUAAAAUAAUUACAAUUUUGAUUAAUCGGCUCAGAAAAAUUUUAUAUAUUAAAUAAAAAAAACAAUACAUAAUUUUAAAUAAAUUAAACAUGCGUUUUCUACCUUCGUUUUUAAUUUGUUUGUUGAUAAACUUUCCACAUGAAGUUUACCUGUUGUUGAACUAUGUCGGUAACUUAAGUUUAUCCACAGAUCUACUUAUUUCGAAUUUGAUUUCAAAUAUUAUACUAGUACUUUCUUAUGAGGCCUAAAAUGACCUUUCAGAUAUUUUACGAUAGCCGUUUUACUAUUCAAUGUAAUGUAUCUAACUUUUUAUUGAUUACCAAGCAUAUUUUCAUUUACUUUUUUAUAUUUUUAAAGUUCAUCGUGUUCCUUUAUUAUUUUUCACAUAGAUUUUAUAUACAUCUUUAAAGUAAGUUUCUAAAGUUAAAAUAUGAAAUGUAUAUUUCGAAAAAUGACUUUUAUAUUUUAUAAAAAAAAUAUAAUUAUAAGGAUUUAUUAUACUCCAAAUGGCAUCAAAGUGACUUAUAAACAUUUAUAUGUAUAUGAGAUAUAUAAAUUUGUGGUUUAUUGUUAAUUUUUGAAAUAUUACUAAUAUAAUCAUACUUUAAUCUUUGUAUUUACUCGUACCUACUUGUAUAAGAUAUUCUUAUUUGUCUUUGAUGACCUGUAAUUCAAAAUAUAAGAAUUUAAAAACACCUUAUGUAAGUAUAGAGUUACUUGAUCCAUCGAUAAAUAAAUACUUAGAAACAUCAUCACUUUUUAACCGGCUUUUUAAAAAGAAGGAGGUUCUCAAUUCGUCGCGUGUUUUUUUAAAUAUUUUUUUAAAUAUAUGUCGUUACUUCAUCCUUUAUAUGAACCAAUUUAGAUUUUUUUUAUUUGAGAGAUCGGGAAAAGGAUAUUUAAUUGUGCUUCCAGAUUUUCACAAUACUCAGUUCAGUAUUUUUUUUAAAUUUGGUUUUAAAAUGAAAAUUAGUUGAAUAAGUGAACGAAUUUGCGUUUCAAUUGUGCCCAAAACCAACUUUCCAGUUUCAUCAACAUCUGAUGAUAAAUCUGGACGAGAACUUCGUAAUAAUUUCUUGGCAGUGAAGUUUUUCUGGAACACCAGAAAAAAUAAAAUAUUUUUGACAUAAAAAACAUUAAACGACAUCAAAGAUGCAAUAUACUAAAAACGAACAUCGACCGACUCAGACUGCAACAUAAUUUUCGUAAAUUUUCAAAAUGAUACGCCUCCACUAAUCUUCGAACCCAUUUACCCGUACCUUACUACAAGCUCCUAAAUCCGUAGCGAUUCCAUAAAUUUUUGACACUGAGGGCCAUUAUAAGCUUCAUAAGCAGAUUUUUUACGUCAUCUACUAUUUCAUUUACUCAAUUCGUACCACUUACUUACGCCCUAAAAUAAGAUGGACAUUGGACAGAUAUCAUGAUGGUUUUGCAAAAGCCCCGUAUGUAUUUUAACAGUAAUUUGUUAAAGUUAAAAUAACAGUCCUCUAACAAAAUCAAUGGACCUAGGAUAGUUAAAGAUGGCCCUGAAACCGUGACCUCAAACCUGUGUAUUCAUUUAUCGAUGAAUCGCUUAAGUUAAUAUAACAUUACCGGUGUAUUAACUAACCUCCAAAGAAACUAACACCCAAAGAAACAGUGAAUUCUCAACGUGCCAAUGUUUAGCUAUUAAGAUAUGAUAGUAAAAAAAUAUAUUACUAAAGUGCCAUUCAAUUGAGAUUUAUUAUGUGAUUAUUUGUACUAAGUGUAUUAUAUUAAGUAUAUUACUAUUAUUAUGUCAUAAAUUGUUGAUAAUCAAUUAAAAUAGAAAUAUCAUAUUAUCAAAAUGAAUAUUAUUAAAACCAACAAAAUAUUUAUUUAUACAAUAAAUCUGAAAAAACGUCAUUUUUUACAGAAAUGACUAAUGUUCCUGUCUUCUUCAAGUAAGCGAAAAGUGAAAUCUGUAAAUAUGACAAUAUGUCCAAGCUAAUUUUUAAUUAAACCAAGUUAAUUAAAGAAUGUCCACUUGUGAGUUGUAAUCGAUUGAUUACUAUUAUUAUUUUAGUUCAAAAUUCAAUUAAAAUGACAAACAGGGUAUGAUAUUAUUAUAGCGAUAAGGAAUAUGCCUGUAUUUUCUAUUUUUUAUUAGAAUCUGACAUUGCAAAACUAUUAUAAGAAUUAAAUCACGUGAGAAAAUAUUAUAAUUUUUCAAAAAAAUAUACCAAUUUAUCUGAAAUAUAUCAACUACUCGUAUCAAGCAUUAAAAAUAGCGCCAUUUUAGGGCUCCACGCUUUGCUAAGAAAUUAUAAGUUGUGUUUAUUUAUGUAAGUCCAUUAAAAAUUACAUGCUACGCUCACAGAGAUUUUGUCGGUGGGCAUUCCCCUUUCAAUAUAAUUAAUUUACUAUCUUAAUAAAAAUAGGUAAUUUUAAAUAAUUACAGUUUUUAUUUACCAUUGAGCUAUUUUAUGCGAAUUUUGCAUAUGAAGGUUAAGGUUUCUAAUUACCACAGGAGUAAUUUUAAUGUGUAUUGAUUUAAAUUUUUAAAUAAAAAUGGUAUUUUAUAGUUAGUAGCACGCUGGUAGCUUUUUAACCGACUUCCAAAAAGGAGGAGGUUCUACGUUCGGCUGUAUGUAUGUUUUUUUAUAUAGUUAUUUGUCUUUUUUUAGGUUCCGAACGUACGUAUUUAGUUUUAACUACUUUUAUGCUAAAAUUAUACCUACACGUACACGCUUUAUAAACCGUAAUUAUAUCAAGAAAUUAUUGACUUACACCUCAGAAGGUACAAGUCAAUUUAUUCAAAAUUGAUAAUACAGUUAAACAAGAAAAAUAUAUAUUAUAUUUCCAUGAUUGUCGAAUUUGAUUAUAGUAUUAAUUUUAUGUCGUUUUACUAUUUUUUGUAUGCAAACAGAAUAAUUUUAAGAUUGCUGAAUCAAUGGUGCUUAAUGAUGUAACAAAAUUACCAAACAAAACUCUUGCUAAUAAAAAUAAGAAUAAAAUAAUUAAAAACAACUUCAUGUAAAUUGUACGACAUUCCUAAAAUCAUUGAAGGAAUAUUACAGAUUUUAAAUUACUUAAUCUCAAAAUAACUAGAACCCAUGGCCUUAAUUAGCCAGUUAUUGAAAAAAAAAUAAAAGUUUAUAAGAAAUUAAUGAUAUCAGACCUAGCCAAGUCACGUAUACAUAUAGGCACACGUCAAUAAUUCUCUUUCUAUAAGCGUUAACGCUUCGAAAACAAAAAAGUCAUUGAUCACGGGAUCAUCGACUCGACUACGAAUGUUAUGUCUAUAUAAUUUUUAAACUUUCGUUAGCGUUAGCGUUUGUAGAAAAAGAAUUGAAUGUAUGUUUGGCUAUAGGUCUAUUUACUUAAUUUGCUUUAAUUUUACUUAAAUUUACGUUUUAUUUUAAGACUGAAUCACAUAUAUCUGUAUCAUUUUGUUAUUAUGAAAAAUUUUUUUACUUUACCAGAUUUACAAAUUUUUUUACCAAUUUUAUACCAUAUAUAUUACAAUUUUUUUUACCAGAUGCAAAAUAAGAUUUGGUUUUUUUAAUUUUUUGUGUUAUUUUUAUAAUUUUUUCAUAGCAUUUUAUAUGAAAACAUGUGUAACUCUUUUCAGCAAAAGUACGCAAGAUGGUUAAAGAAAUAAUUAAUGUGAUUCAGGCUUAAAUAGGUAGCUAUUUGUUUCUGAAGUACUUAGUUAUUAAUAUUUUAGACUUUUAAGCCCCAUUAUAGAAAAAAAAAAUAUUAUAAAAAAAAUUUAAACCGUUUUCUUUUAGUAAGUCCGUAAUCUUUCAAUUAUAAAUAUCAACCAUUUUCCUAAAAACUUUGUUUUUGUAGCUAAUUUUUUUUUCAACUUAUGACCUAAUUACUGUGACAGUCAGGCAAAUAUCGGUGACCUUAUCAUAGAUACAGCCUAAUGUUGGUGUUUUUUACGGAGUAUAUCUAAAUACAUACUCCAAGGAUUUUUUAUAGGUUUUACUAAUUAGGUACAACGUUUCUAAGCAAGUCAUUAUCAGAUAAAAUAUUUUUAACAAAAAAAAUUACCGAUUUCAAAGAUGGAUGUCUCUAAAAAGGGAAAAAUAACAUUGUACAUAUACAUAUCCUUUCUAUUGAUCGGUUUGAAGGCGGUGCAGUGCAUAAUGGGCACUUUUUAGGGUUCCGAACGUACUUAGUACAAAAACGGAACCCUUAUAAUACCACUUGCGCACAUUUUAAGGUCUGUCUGUUUUCUCCUAAUGUAUUAGUUUAUUGGCACCGCAUUCAAACCGAUAAAUAAGGAAGAUAUGAGGUAACAUACAUAAAAAAAGAACAUACGCGUCAAAUUUAGAAUAUUCUCCUUUUUUUUAACUCGGUUAAUUACAGACAGAUUGAAAACGGUUUUAAAAUGUCUACUAACUUACUUUAAUGUACGUUAAGAUAAAUGGGUAUUUUAUCAUUUAUUCUAUAUUAUUGAUGGACAUAUUAUUUUGUAAUUUGUUAUGUGCCUAUUUAGUUUUAUCAAAUGUAUGAGAUUUUAAAUUUUUAUAAAUAAAAUAAAUUUUUAAUUAUA